GGUUCCCGAAGGCUUCCAUGUGCCAGGACUGUAGUAAGAUGGCAGUCUGAGCUCUUUCUUUUCCAGGCUCUAAGGUUUCGAAACCCACUCCGCUCCACGGGCGGAGGGCGUCUCCCGCAGCGUCACUCCGCCGGAGGAGCGCGCGCACACGCCCAGCUCUGAGGCGCUAGCUACUAAAGUUAGCACCGCUUACAGAAAAGCACCGACAGAGUUGCAGUCAUGUCCUCUUUGUGCGGCAAGUCUUCUGAAGAGCUGUCACGACUUUUGGAUGAGUAUGGGAUCAAACAUGGGCCCAUUGUUGAUUCCACCAGGAAGCUUUAUGAGAAAAAGCUUACAGAGGCUAUGGCCAAAGGCACCAAGCCAUCUUCUUCUGACAAGACCUACUACCGAGAAGAACAGGAAGAAGUCACAUAUGUCACAUAUCAUCCACCAGUGAGACAAGAAGUCCGCGGAGAAGCAACAAGAAGAUCGAGGAUCACUGAUUAUGAUGAUGAAGUAGAUAACGCACACGAGCCUAUCAUCAGCCGCACUCAGACAGGCCUCCAGAGCUCACUCUACUCCAGACCAACAGCAUACACAAGCAGAUACAGCCAACAGGAUGCUAGUCCAGUGCCAGCGAAAUCUGAGGGCAGCAAAUCAGGGGGUGUGCCAGGCUGGCUUCGGGUCCUGGUGUUUAUCAUCGUUGCAGUGUUUCUUUACUAUGUGUACUCAAACAUGGAGUCUGCAGAGCAAAACCCAUUUGGGAAAAUCGAUGCAUAGGUGCCUCAUCACUUUCGGUUCAUCCUUAAAUUCUUUUGUCCCCCUCUAGAUCAUUGUAUCCAGAGUGUGCACUACAAGCACAAAUAUUUUGCCAUUUGGAUUUUUAUAUUAAGUUUGCACAUUUGAUAUUUCGUGUAGUCGAAAGAUGAACGGUUAUCCAUAAACAUGAGAGAGAUGAGUUUAAUAGGGCAUUUCUAACGGUUUUCUUGUUAAUUCUUGAUGGAAGAUUGGGGUGGUUUUUCCAAAGCAUGCUUUAAGGAAACAUACAUUUCCUGACUUCUUCAGUUGCUUGUUUACAGUCUUUUCAAUUCCAAAAAGCCUUAAUAAGGGUCCUCUUUAUGAACAUGCAUCUGAUUAAAACACUGUAGUUUGUUUUUUCAUGAUGUAACAAGAUACUGAACCAAGAGAUUCAUUCAGGAAAUGUCCAGUUGUCUGGAUGGUGAUCUAAGGUGCUGUGAUGAAGCGCAUUUACUGCUAACUUGGUGAAAUUCCUUUCUGAUUGCUAUUAAAUAAGGUCAUCAGGUUUUGAAAACAUCAUAAAGAAGUUUGUGAAUUAGCUGACCCACUACCCCGUUUUCCAUGUCUGUCUACACUACAUAACCUGUAUUGUAGCUUCUCAUAUACAUACAGUGGGUUCCAAAAGUCCUGAGCCCACUACUGAAAAUGCUUCCAUCUGGCAUUCAAUUUAAUAAAAGUUUGUGUUUUUUUUUUAUUACAACUUCUGUUAGAAGUAGAAUCCUUAACAAUUAAACCUGAAUUUCAGAUCUUCUUAGUAUUUAGCAUGUCCCCAGUUUCAUUUAUUGAUGUGCACUAUGACUGGCAUGAACUCCACCAACUGUGCAAAAGCCAGAUAGUCAAAUCCACUUGAGAGUUGAGCUUCAAUAGCAGGGAUAACUAAAGGAAAAACAAAAAAUUAACUUUAAAAACUAUAAAACUUUUUUUUUUUACUGUAAAUUAAAUCUGACCUAUUUGUACAAAUGCCUUUCCAUGGUCAGUGUCACAAGCUUUGAUUUGAGUAGGGACCUGGGGAAGUGUAGAAUUUCAAAUAUUUCUGCGUCAUUUUAAUUGUCAUAACUUGUUUUAAAUUGUUCAAAGACUUCCUUUUUACUCCAGGCUUAAAUGAAAAAAGGUCAGUGUGGUCUCGGACUGUUGGACCCUAUUGUACACGUUGUGAUGGAGCGGCAAUUAAAAAAGACAUGUAAGGUUUCAGCAUGCUGAAAUCCAGUAAAAAGGAUCCAUUAAAAUGUAUUAAAGUUUGGAUAAAUGAGGAAAACAAGCAUAUUAAAUGAUUUUCACACAUUUUUAUUAAAAAAAGAGUCACGCUUGUUGUAUUUGAACUCUCUCCUUGCAACAAUAUUUUAGGUUCAUGGACAUUUUUGAUUGAUAUAAAAAAGGUUCAAUUCUUAUAACGCCCAAUGGAAAAUGAUCCAAUCAGGAUUUCUCUUGGAUACAGUCAAGCUAGGAGGCAGUUGGCAGCUCUGUGCCCUGUAAGUCUCUGUAAAACUACCACAAGGAGAAAUAAAUGUUUCUAUGUCUCUUA